CCCGACGCAUGCUGGGAGCCUGGAGGUCUUGGGAGGAGGAGUUGAGAGAACGGAGCGGCCGCCAUGGCGACAAACAUCGAGCAGAUCUUCAGGUCCUUCGUGGUCAGUAAAUUCCGGGAAAUUCAGCAAGAGCUUUCCAGUGGCAGGGUUGAAGGCCAGCUGAAUGGUGAAACAAACCCACCUGUUGAAGGAAACCAGUCAGGUGAUGCAGCUGCCUGUGCAAGGAGCCUACCAAAUGAAGAAAUAGUGCAGAAAAUAGAAGAAGUGCUAUCUGGGGUCCUAGACACAGAAUUGCGGUAUAAACCAGAUUUAAAGGAGGCCUCCAGAAAAAGUAGAUGUGUAUCUGUACAAACAGACCCUACUGAUGAAAUUCCCACUAAAAAAUCAAAGAAACAUAAAAAACACAAAAAUAAAAAGAAGAAAAAGAAGAAAGAGAAAGAGAAAGAGAAAAAAUACAAAAGACAGUCAGAAGAAUCUGAUUCAAAGCUGAAAUCUCAUCAUGGUGGGAAUGUAGGGUUAGAGUCUGAUUCCUAUUUGAAAUUUGAUUCAGAGCCCUCAGUGAUGGGGCUGGAACACCCUGUAAGAGCACUUGGGCUCCCUAAGCCCCCUGCAGUAAUGCUGAAGUCACCAACAAUGACAUUGGGACUGAAUGAAUCCCCUGCAGUUGCUCUGGAACCUCCUACAAUAGCAGUAGAGAUAUCAGAACCACAUACUUUAGUUGCACUGAAGCCAACUUCAGUUGGGGAACUAUCAGAACUACAUGCAGCAUUAGUCCCAGAACCCUUCACGUUAGAGCAACCAGAGACAUCUGUGGCUGUAACCCUGGAAUCAUCUGUGAAACAGACGUUGGAAUCUCCUGCAGUGAUGCCUGUGCCUACUACAGCAGUAGUGCAGAAGUCGUCUGAGGCAUACGUGACAGUGUCAUCAGAAUACAAUGCAAGAUCUGUGACGAAGCAUUUGGAGAUUCCAUCUUCAGAGCAGUCUAAGACCACAUUACUUGAGCCUCCAGCAUCAAAAGUGCUCGAGUUAUCAGAAACUUCUGGGGUGAUAGCAUCAGAGACACCUGCAGAGGCCUAUCCUAGGCCAAGAUCAUCAAUAACUUUGGAGUUGCCAGAGUCAUCUGUAACCGAAGUUCUGAGGUUGCCUGAGCAAUCUACAACAAUACCAUUGUUGUCUAUGGAGCCUCCUACAACUACAGUAUUGGAGUUGCCCAAACCACCUGCAAUCUCAGUGCUAGAAAUGCCUGGACCCCCCACAACACCAGUGCCGGAGCUGCCAGGACCCCCCACAACACCAAUGUUGGAGUUGCCAGGGCCUCCUAUGACAUCGGUGCCGGAGCUGCUGAGAACCCCCACGACGUCAGCGCCGGAGCUUCCAGGGCCCCCCGUGACAUCGGCAUCGGAGCUUCCAGGGCCCCCUGUGACAUCGACGCCGGAGCUUCCAGGGCCCCCCGUGACAUCGACGCCGGAGCUUCCAGGGCCCCCCGUGACAUCGGUGCCGGAGCUGCCAGGGCUCCCCAUGACAUCGGUGCCAGAGGUGCCAGGCCCUCCUGUGAUUCCGGUGCCAGAGGCACCGGUUCCGGAGGUGCUGGGGUCCCCUGUGGCAUCGGUACUAGAGUUUCGGGGGCCUCCUGCAACGCCGGUACAGGCUCCGGAGUUGCUGGGGCCCCCCGUGACACUGGUGCCAGAGUUGCCAGGGCCCCCUGCAACACUGGUACAGGUGCCAGAGUUGCCGGGGCCCUCGGCAACACCUGUGCUUGAGUUGUCACAGGAUUUGCCUGGGCUUCCAGCACCAUCGAUGGUCUCGGAGUUGCCUGAGGAGGUGCCAAGGCAACCCACGAUGGCGCUGGAAUUGCCACAAGAGUUGCCAGGGCUGCCUGUGGUGACAACAGCAAUGGAGUUGCCUGGGCAGCCUGUGGCGACUGUGGCUUUGGAAUUGGCAGAACAACCUGUGAUGACAACAGAGCCGGAGCAGCCUACGGUGAUGCCAGCGCUGGAGUUGCCGGGGCAACCUGAGGUGACGACAGCAUCAGGGUUGCCUGGGCAGCCUGUGGCUACAACAGCACCAGAGUUGCCCGGGCAGCCUGAGGUGCCAGAGUUGCGGGGGCUGCCUUCGGUGACUGGGGUGUCUGAGUUGCCAGGGCAGCCCUCAGCAACUGUGGCACAGGAAUUGCCGGGGCAGUCAGGGGCACUAGGGCAGCCUGUGGCAACUGUGGCACUAGAGUUGCUGGGACAGCCUGUAGCAUCAGAGCUGUCAGGGCAACCCACAGGAGCUGCAGCGCUAGAGUUGCCAGGGCAGCCUGUGGCAACUGUGGCGCUAGAGAUAUCGAGUCAUUCUGUGAUGACAACAUCGGAUCUGACAACGAUGACCGUUUCACAAUCCAUGGAGGUGCCUUCAACGACAGCGCUGGAAUCAUACAGUACAGUAGCACAGGAGCUACCUACUACAUUAGUGGGGGAUACAUCUGUAACAGUAUCAGUGGAUCCCCUGAUGACCCCCGAGUCCCAUAUGUUAGCUUCCAAUACCAUGGACUCCCAGAUGUUAGCUUCCAAUACCAUGGACUCCCAGAUGUUAGCUUCCAAUACCAUGGACUCCCAGAUGCUAGCUUCCAAUACCAUGGACUCCCAGAUGCUAGCUUCUAAUACCAUGGACUCCCAGAUGUUAGCUUCCAACAGCAUGGACUCCCAGAUGUUAGCUUCCAACAGCAUGGACUCCCAGAUGUUAGCUUCCAACAGCAUGGACUCCCAGAUGUUAGCGACUAGCACCAUGGACUCCCAGAUGUUAGCGACUAGCACCAUGGAUUCCCAGAUGUUAGCGACUAGCACCAUGGACUCCCAGAUGUUAGCGACUAGCACCAUGGACUCCCAGAUGUUAGCGACUAGCACCAUGGACUCCCAGAUGUUAGCGACUAGCACCAUGGACUCCCAGAUGUUAGCGACUAGCACCAUGGACUCCCAGAUGUUAGCGACUAGCACCAUGGACUCCCAGAUGUUAGCCUCCAGCACCAUGGACUCCCAGAUGUUAGCGACUAGUACCAUGGACUCCCAGAUGUUAGCCUCCAGCACCAUGGAUGCCCAGAUGUUAGCCUCCAGUACACCAGAGUCCUCUAUGUUAGGUCCUAAGUCACCUGAUCCCUACAGGUUAGCCCAAGAUCCAUACAGGUUAGCCCAGGAUCCAUACAGGUUAGGUCAUGACCCUUACAGAUUAGGUCAUGACCCUUAUAGGUUAGGACAGGACCCCUAUAGGUUAGGCCAUGAUCCCUAUAGGCUAGCUCCUGACCCCUAUAGAAUGUCACCCAGACCAUAUAGGAUAGCACCGAGGCCAUAUAGAAUAGCACCCAGGCCUUAUAGAUUAGCACCCAGACCCCUAAUGUUAGCAUCUAGGCGCUCUAUGAUGAUGUCAUAUGCUGCUGAACGCUCUAUGAUGUCAUCUUAUGCCGCUGAACGCUCCAUGAUGUCCUAUGAACGUUCUAUGAUGUCACCAAUGGCUGAGCGUUCUAUGAUGUCAGCCUAUGAGCGCUCUAUGAUGUCAGCUUAUGAGCGCUCUAUGAUGUCUCCCAUGGCUGAGCGCUCUAUGAUGUCAGCCUAUGAACGUUCUAUGAUGGCUUAUGAGCGUUCUAUGAUGUCUCCAAUGGCUGAGAGGUCAAUGAUGUCUAUGGGUGCUGACCGUUCCAUGAUGUCAUCUUAUUCUGACCGUUCCAUGAUGUCAUCCUAUUCUGACCGGUCCAUGAUGUCAUCUUAUACUGCUGACCGCUCAAUGAUGUCUAUGACUGCUGAUUCUUAUGCUGAUUCCUAUACGGAUUCCUAUACUGAGGCUUAUAUGGUACCACCCUUGCCACCUGAGGAGCCCCCUACCAUGCCACCUUUGCCACCUGAGGAGCCCCCUAUGACACCACCAUUACCUCCUGAGGAGCCCCCUGAGGGACCGUCAUUACCUGUUGAGCAAUCAGCACUACCUGUUGAAAAUACAUGGGCUACUGCUGGGACAGCAUUACUCUCUGAAGAACCAGCAUUGCCCCCUGAGCCUCCUGUGAUGCAGACAGAGAUUCCAGAGUCUACAAUGUCUGAUUAUUCUGUAGGAGCUGCAGAGCCCUCUGUCUUAACAUCAGAGCCUGCUAUAACUAUUUCAGAGCCACCACCAGAGCCAGAAUCCUCUAUGACAUCAACAUCUUUAGAGUCUCAUAUGACACAAGAACAUGCUAUUAUAGGGCCGCAGGUAGCUGUCCUGUCUUCUGGUGCAGUGUCAGAAACUGCUAUACCAACUGCAGAAUCCACUGAGUCUCCUAUUGUGACAGAAUCAGUGGAAACUUUUGAGCCCAUUUUAGCAUCUGGGCCUAUCUCAGACCAGAUGAUGUUUCUGUCAGAGGUGGCAGUCCCAGAACCCUCAGAUAUGGUGGUCUCAGAGAUGACUGUCCCAGAGCCAGCGGAAGUGGCAGUCCCAGAGCCAGCAGAGGCAGUGAUCCCAGAGCCAGCAGAGAUGACAGUCACAGGGUUGACUGAGGUGGCGGUCCAGGGGCUGGCUGAGGUGGCGGUCCAGGGGCCGGCUGAGAUGGCGGUCCAGGGGUCAACUGAGGUGAUGAUCCAAGGUCCAGAAGAGGUGACUUACCAGGCGCCGACAGAGGUGGCUUACCAGGCGCCGACAGAGGUGGCUUACCAGGCGCCGACAGAGGUGGCUUACCAGGCGCCGACAGAGGUGGCUUACCAGGCGCCGACAGAGGUGGCUUACCAGGCGCCGACAGAGGUGGCUUACCAGGCGCCGACAGAGGUGGCUUACCAGGCGCCGACAGAGGUGGCUUACCAGGCGCCGACAGAGGUGGCUUACCAGGCGCCGACAGAGGUGGCUUACCAGGCGCCGACAGAGGUGGCGUACCAGGCGCCGACAGAGGUGGCGUACCAGGCGCCGACAGAGGUGGCGUACCAGGCGCCGACAGAGGUGGCGUACCAGGCGCCGACAGAGGUGGCGUACCAGGCGCCGACAGAGGUGGCGUACCAGGCGCCGACAGAGGUGGCGUACCAGGCGCCGACAGAGGUGGCAGACCGGGGACCGGCAGAAGUGAUGUUCCAGGCGCCGACAGAGGUGGCUUUCCAGGGGCCAACAGAGGUGGCAGACCGGGGACCGGCAGAAGUGAUGUUCCAGGAGCCGGCCACAGUGGUGGUUCAGGAGUCAGCCAUGGUGGUCCCAGAGCUGACUGUAGCACUCUCGGAGCCAGCCAUGGUGGAGGUGGCCAAACCAGAAGCCACAGUUCUAGAGCCAUUUGUGACAGUGCCUGAAGGUACUUUAGUAGUUCCUGAGCUGACCCCAGUGAUGAUGGAGUCCACAGUCAUGACUUCAGAACCUGUUAUUAAAAGAACAGAUAUAGCCACUUCUGCUGAGCCUAAUCUUCCUCAACAGUCAGCCAUUCAGGAAAUGUUCAUUCAGUCAAGUGAAGAAUCAAAUAAUGAAAAGAGGCAACUAGAGAGUCAUUCUUAUGAAAGCAUACACCAUGUAAAUAUAAUUUUGGAUGUAAAUAGUCCUUUAAUGACAAAAGAGACAGAACAUAACACUGUUUCUGCCACCAGCCCUGUUGUUAGUGAAAUUGGUAUGGAGAAAUUUUUGCCUGGCAAUGAGACUGAUCGUAACACAAUUUUGACCACCUGCUCUAGUGAAGCUAAUAUAGUUGAAACCGUAUCUACCACUAGUUCCCAUAUUCAUGAACUUGAUGUAAAGGGAACUACUAAGGAGAUUGAACUUUAUGCAGCAUCUGUUACCAGCUCAAUAAGUAAGGCUGAUAUUGAGGGACCAUUACCCACUCAAGAGAUUGAACAUGACAUGGUAAUUUCAACUAGUCCUAGUGGUGGUAGUGAAGCUGAUAUUGAGGGACCUUUGCCUGCUAAUGACAUUCACCAUGAUAUAUUGUCUGCUAAUAAUCUACUUAGUAAGAAUGAACCAGAAGCAUCAUUACCUGUAAAAGAUACUGAACAUGAUGUGUUAAUUGCUAUCAGCCAUAAAGAUGGUAGUAGUGAAGCAGAAAAAGAAACACCACUUCCAGCUAAAAAUAUUGAACAUGAAUCUGUACCUGCUGCCAACAUUUGUGAUCUUAAUGAUGCAGAUCUGGUGAGACCUUUACUUCCUAAGGAUAUGGAACGUGUCACAAACUUAAGGACUGAUGUAGAGGGGCCUUUGCCAGCAAGUGGAGUUGAACGGGACAUAGUAACUACUGCCAGCCCUAUUGUUAUUAGCGUACCUGAAAGAGCUUCAGAGUCUUCAUCAGAAGAAAAGGAUGAUUAUGAAAUUUUUGUGAAAGUUAAGGACACACAUGACAAAAGCAAAAAAACUAAAAGCCGUGACAAAGGUGAUAAAGAGAGGAAAAGAGAUUCCUCAUUAAGAUCUCGGAGUAAGCGCUCUAAAUCUUCAGAACACAAAUCACGUAGACGCACAAGUGAAUCCCGUUCAAGAGCAAGAAAAAGGUCAUCAAAGUCUAAAUCUCAUCGAUCCCAAACACGGUCACGGUCACGUUCACGACGCAGGAGGAGAAGCAGCAGAUCAAGAUCAAAGUCAAGAGGAAGGCGUUCUUUAUCAAAAGAGAAACGUAAAAGGUCUCCAAAACACAGGUCCAAGUCUAGGGAAAGGAAAAGGAAAAGAUCUAGCUCUAGAGAUAAUCGCAAAGUAGCCAGAGCUCGAAGUCGUACACCUAGUCGUCGCAGUAGAAGUCAUACUCCUAGUCGAAGAAGAAGGUCUAGGUCUGUAGUUAGAAGAAGGAGCUUUAGCAUUUCUCCUGUUCGCCGGAGCCGUACCCCAAGCCGCCGGAGCCGUACCCCAAGCCGCCGGAGCCGUACCCCAAGCCGCCGGAGCCGUACCCCAAGCCGCCGAAGAAGAUCUAGAUCAGUGGUUAGACGAAGAAGCUUUAGUAUAUCACCAGUUCGACUAAGACGGUCACGAACACCCUUGAGGAGGCGUUUUAGUAGAUCUCCUAUUCGCCGAAAACGAUCCAGGUCUUCUGAAAGAGGCAGGUCACCACCUAAACGUCUGACGGAUUUGGAUAAGGCUCAACUACUUGAAAUAGCCAAAGCUAAUGCAGCUGCCAUGUGUGCUAAGGCUGGUGUUCCUUUACCGCCAAACCUAAAACCUGCACCUCCACCAACAGUAGAAGAGAAAGUUGCUAAAAAGUCAGGAGGAGCCACAAUAGAAGAGCUCACUGAGAAAUGCAAACAGAUUGCACAAAGUAAAGAAGAUGAUGAUGUUAUAGUGAACAAGCCCCAUGUUUCGGAUGAAGAGGAGGAAGAACGUCCUUUCUAUCAUCAUCCCUUUAAACUCAAUGAACCUAAACCCAUUUUUUUCAACUUAAAUAUUGCCGCUGCAAAACCAACUCCACCAAAAAAUCAGGUAACAUUGACAAAAGAAUUUCCUGUAUCAUCUGGCUCUCAACACAGAAAAAAGGAAGCAGAUAGUGUUUAUGGAGAAUGGGUUCCUGUAGAGAAAAAUGGUGAAGAAAACAAAGAUGAUGAUAAUGUCUUCAGCAGCAAUUUACCUACUGAGCCUGUGGACAUCUCUACAGCAAUGAGUGAGCGGGCACUAGCUCAGAAGAGACUUAGUGAAAAUGCAUUUGACCUUGAGGCCAUGAGCAUGUUAAAUAGAGCACAAGAGCGGAUCGAUGCCUGGGCCCAGCUGAACUCCAUUCCGGGCCAGUUCACGGGGAGUACGGGCGUGCAGGUCCUGACCCAGGAGCAGCUGGCCAACACCGGGGCCCAAGCGUGGAUUAAAAAGGAUCAGUUCUUAAGAGCAGCCCCUGUAACAGGUGGAAUGGGAGCCGUUCUGAUGAGAAAAAUGGGCUGGCGAGAAGGAGAGGGAUUAGGAAAAAACAAAGAAGGAAAUAAAGAGCCUAUUCUAGUUGACUUUAAGACAGACCGAAAAGGUCUUGUUGCGGUGGGGGAGAGAGCACAAAAACGAUCUGGAAACUUCUCUGCCGCGAUGAAGGAUCUUUCAGGUGAGAGUAAACAUCCUGUAUCUGCAUUGAUGGAGAUCUGUAAUAAAAGAAGGUGGCAACCACCUGAAUUUCUCUUGGUUCAUGAUAGUGGCCCUGAUCAUCGCAAACACUUUCUCUUUAGGGUAUUGAGAAAUGGAAGCCCUUACCAGCCCAAUUGUAUGUUUUUCUUGAAUAGGUAUUGAUAAAUGGAAGCGCUUACCAGCCCAGCUUUGCCAGCCCUAAUAAGAAGCAUGCUAAAGCCACAGCAGCUACUGUGGUUCUUCAAGCAAUGGGCCUUGUACCAAAGGACCUCAUGGCUAAUGCCACUUGCUUCAGGAGUGCCUCACGUAGAUAGAGAUUGAGGUUUUAUAUUAAUCAUUUCAGAUAAUUUUACUCUGCAUCAGAAAUGUAUUUCUUCUUUAAUGUUGUAAAUAAUUUGGCAACUUAGACAUUGUGUAAAAAGCAAUCUGUACAAACAUCUCCAAGUUUUGGUUUUAUACCAUGAAAAUUGUAUUUAACCAUACAGGGUUUUGGUAUGUUUAUAUUGUUUACCUUAGUGAUGUAUUUGUUUAAGUGGCUAACAUCGAAACAAUUGUUUGAAGGCAUCAGUAAUCCUAAGUGUGGAAUGUUAAAUAACGCUUUUAUACUGUAUUUUGUACUAUGAUGUAAUUCUUUCCCCUUAUGGCUAGGCUGCUGUAACACUUGCCUAUAAUCAGUGAAGGGCUGUGCACCUUAGACUAUUUCAUGAAGGUUCUGCUGGACAGAUAUUGGGCCAGUGUUAUUGGAUAAUCGGAGUUCUGUUCCACAGGGCUAAUGCUACCAUCUUUCCCUUGAAAUUUUAUUAGGGUUGAAAAAAAUGGUAUGCUGUGUUACAGUCAGCUUUACGUCCUAUGUUCUAAAAUAAAGGAUCUAAGCCAGACUGAUGCCAUAAGAAGGAAGAAGUCCAAAUUGAAGACCCACUAGAAUUCCAAUGCAGACGCCAAGAAAAUGGAAUGGCAUUGAGUUGUGAUGUAGUUUUACUUUAAUGUGCAUUUUGAAUUUCAGCUACAAUUAGAUAGACUCAAGAUGAUAAUGCAAAUGCUGUAACCAACUUAUCUAAUAAAAUCAGCACCAGGCCACUAUUUUGUUGACUGCAAAAAUAAGUUCAUGUUAUUUUAGGGUCUAAUAGAAUAUUUCAUUUCAUAUGUGCAUUAUAGUGGUACUCAUAUGCUGUCUUUAAACUUUAUUUUACAAAAUGCUUAAGGCCCAAAUACAAACUUCUGGAAUAAA